GCCGCCAUGGGCCCCGCGCGCUGGCUGGCUCUGGGCAGCCUCCUCGCCCUGGCCCGGCUGCUGGACGGCCGGCUCGUGGGCGAGGACGAAGGUGGCUUUGGCGAAUGCGACAAGUUCUUCUACGCCGCGACCCCGCCCGCGGGGCUGUCGGCCGAGUCCCACGUGAAGAUCUGUCAGCGCGCGGAGGGCGCCGAGCGCUUCGCCACCCUGUACAGCACCCGCGACCGCAUCCCCGUGUACUCGGCGUUCCGCGCCGCGCGCCCCGCGCAGGGCAGCGCCGAGCCGCGCUGGCUGGUGGAGCCGCAGAUUGAUGACCCCAACAGCAACCUUGAAGAGGUGAUUAAUGAGGCUGAGGCCAUCACCUCUUUGAAAAAUCUGGGAGGCAAGCAAGCCUUGAAUACGGAUUAUCUUGACUCUGAUUACCAAAGAGGACAGCUGUAUCCAUUCUCCCUGAGCAGUGAUGGACAGAUGGCCACAUUCACUCUCACAAAUUCAGUUCCCAUGACUCAGUCCUUCCAGGAACGAUGGUACAUGAAUCUCAACAGCCUGAUGGACCAGGCAUUGGCCCCGCAGUGUGGCAAUGGGGAAGACCUAUUUAUCAUCACGGGCGCGGUGCCCUCCAACCACAAAGUUAAAGACAGAGUGACAGUCCCUGAGUUUGUUUGGCUGGCAGCCUGUUGUGCUGUCCCUGGAGGAGGCUGGGCCAUGGGUUUUGUCAAGCACACCCAGGACGACGACAUCAUAGAAGACGUGAUGGUGAAAGAUCUUGAGAAACUUCUUCCAUUUAACCCUCAGCUUUUCCAGAACAACUGUGGCGAAAGUGAGCAAGACACAGAGAAAAUGAAAAAAAUCCUGGAAAUGGUAAAUCAAGUGCAGGAUGAAGAGCGAAUGGUGCAGUCUCGAGGGAACUCUGUUCCUCUCUCCAGCACGAGGAGCAAGAGGUCUGCUCUGUUGCCUCCAGAGGCAUCUGAAGGAAGGAGUAGCUUUUUAGGGAAACUCAUGGGCUUCAUUGCUACCCCAUUCAUCAAGCUUUUCCAGUUAAUUUAUUACCUGGUGGUAGCAAUCCUGAAGAACAUUUUCUAUUUCCUGUGGUAUGUUACCAAGCAGGUGAUGAAUGGCAUAGAAAGUUGCCUGUACCGCCUGGGCUCAGCCACCGUCUCAUACUUUGUGGCCAUUGGGGAAGAGUUGGUAAGCAUACCCUGGAAGGUGCUCAAGGUCCUGGCCAAAAUCAUCAGGGCUGUUCUCCGGAUCCUUUGUUGUCUGCUGAAGGCUGUUUGCCGUGUUCUGGGCAUCCCUGUCCGGGUCCUUGUAGAUGUGGCCAGUUUCCCUGUGUACACAAUGGGCGCAAUUCCAGUUGUGUGCAAGGACAUCGCCAUGGGCCUUGGUGGCACUGUCUCCCUGCUGUUUGAUACUGCUUUUGGCACCAUGGGUGGCCUUUUCCAGGCCAUUUUUAGUGUCUUCAAGAGAAUUGGCUACAAGGUUACUUUUGACAAUUCUGGAGAGUUAUAGAACUCAAAAAACUCAUAGUGUCCGGUCACAGUGAAUUUGAUUUUUUUUUUAUAGUGAAAGCUGGAAUAUUUUGUCUUUGAUGGGUUUCUCUUACUGUCAAUAAUCAUUAUGUGUUAGCUUUUGGUGGGGCUGUCUGCUUGGUUUGCAAAGGAAAAAGACUUCAGAGAAAUGCUUGGGGUGGGAUUAGGUAUAGAAAUCUGCUGUGGACCUCCAGUUACAUGUGCAAGUUUCCAAGCCACUAAUAACUUCAUUUAUGCACUGAUACAGAUGGUAAGCUUAAAUGAUCUGGUGUUCAUUUUUCAUAAUUAAAAAUUUCAGAGAAGAAAAGAAUUCGAAAAAGGACAAUUUUAAACCAGAGGGUAUCUGAGAAAAAGAGAAUCUUGUGCCCCCCAUUACUCUUUGAGACUUCAAGUGAACAGAUAUAAAUAUCCUUGGCCAACUUCUUAGCAAUUGCAUUUCUUUCUUCCCAACUUAUCUGACCUUGGGGAAGUGCAGACGAUGCUUCUCUGUGGACGGAACAGUGUAAAGUCUUGUAUACCUCUUAGUUUUCUAUGGUUCCAAAGGACCUGUAAGGUUUUAUUUUUCUCCAGAGUUGAAUUCUACUGCAUUUUCUUUUGAGUAAUGAUAACCAUUUUUUGCAAAAUUGGCAUAACAAAGUUUGAAUGUAAGGGCAAAAUUGUUGCCCCUUGAAUUGUGUCAUAUGGUCUCCUCAGGUGUAAAGAGGAUACAAGGUGACAAGCCUGCUCUUAGUAGAUUCAAGGGGUUCCUUAGCUGAGCUUGGAUUAACUUAACAUAUAUUAAAUCUCUGGCUGAUAAGAAUGAACUCAAGGAUCUACAUGUUAAGUAAGCUAUUAGGAAAAUUCAUAUUCUACAACAUACUAGAUCUUUCUAAUGUAUCAAGUAAGUACUCAAUACAGUAAAACACUGACUUCUGUCCAUAAAUGAUUGCUUUGCUAUAGCUCUAUAGAAAAAAAGCCACAAAAUAAAAAAAUCAUUUUGGUCAUCUUGGGAUAUAUAUAUAUAUAUAAAGAGUAAUUAUUGCUUAGGAAAUUUUUUACAGUAUGUUUGAGGCUGGGAUGCAAGUCAAAACUGAGAGCUCAUUCUCAAUUUUUCGGUCAAGCACUUGUAAUUUUAAAUCAUGGAUUAAAAUUGUAACAAGAGGAACCAAGCUUUGCUAUGUCUUCCACAGCUAAGAUGGAAUCAUCUGGACUUAUUUGAGUGUCUUGUGAGAGUAGAAAUGACCAAGUGUGAAAUCCUGAUCUUGAGGGCACAGCCUAUGAUUCAUCAGAAAGUCUGAUACAAAAAUCCAUGGUGCAGAAAAAGAAAUCAGGGAACAGCAAGACAACCAUCUGUUUGGGAUUUGUGGAUGAGAAAUGUGAUUGUAUCAAGUGUAGCAUUUUUUCCCAGAAAAUGGUUGAAUUGCACCCAGAAUAAAACAGCAGCCACCAAGUUGCUGUCCUGAUCAAUUUAUGAUGCAAGUUUGGAAGUGUGAACACCAGACCAGUCCAUAAAACAGAGAGAUGCACUAGAUUUUCCUAAGAACCUUAGAGGAGUAUUUUACCAAUACUUCUAUUUCUGAGCAUAAAAAUUUGUAGUGAGACUUCCCUUCACUUAAGCAGUGUGAAGGUAGAUGGAAGGGUGAGGGACGGCUUUGGAACUGUUGGGUCAAUAAUCCUGCUGGAUGAAAGAAAGAACUGGAAUCUUGGAAGUAACCAGAGAGAUCAUCUGGCCAAAUCUUCAUUUGAUAAGAAAACUAAGACACAGGGAGGCAAUUGGCUUGCCCUUGGUUUCAUGACCAGCAAUGAGCAGAUCAGGGGCCAAGGUUGUUUGCAUAUGUUCUAUCACAUAUGGAAUUUCAGGUCCAUGGAGUGUGUACUAUUUAGCCUCCUCCUUGGGACAUGGCAGGUUUUUCACACCCAUCUUACAGACUGCAGGCUCUGACUAAUCAUUUGGCUUGUGUACUGAAAAUGAUUAUCCCAUCCAUGUACAACCUCAUGCUCACUGCAUCCCAUCGAAACUAUCUCCUCUCUAGUAGGCAGCUUCACACUAAAAGGCCCCAAGAGGGCCCCCUUGGCAGCUUGAGUCUCAGCACCAUGCAAGGAACAGGACAUCCAAACUGCUUCUUGAGAACUAUUUGGAAAUGUCUUCUUUUUCAUGUCAAGUUAUUUAGUGUCUAUUUAUUUAUUCUUGCAUGUAUUUAAAUGUGGAAAGUGACAAUAAAACAGCAACAAUAAAAUAACCUUAAUGUAAGGUGCUGAUUGUCUACUCUGGGCCAAUACUGUUGGCUAUUUUGGGCCUGAAGCCUUAGCAGGUGGCUGAACUCCUGGCCUCUUCCCAAGGAGUUGCUUUGGGCUCUAAUGGUGGGAGUCUGGGUUAAUGAACAACCAUUCUGGCUUGAAGAUAUUAUGUGUCUCUGUUAUGUUCUCAGACCCUUGGGGCAGCCAGCCAACUCUUUCUCGUUAUGGAGCUAAUUUUGUAGUCUGUGAAUCAGCCAUGCAUCUAGACACUCCUCCUUUCCGUUGUGCCUUUUGAAUGUUGACUUCCUGGUCAACAUCAGCACUUCCACCUAAAUGCAGAUUAGGCAGUUGGGAGAAUGAAUCAAAGUGAAGCACUCUUCAUCCAAUUAUUCAUUCAGCUAGCAAACAUGCAUUUAUUCAUCAGGGUUACAGAGAUGUACAAUUGCAUAGAUUCCAUCUUUGAAGAGCUCAAAAUCUGGUGGAGAGAUCAGGUGGUAUAACUGAUACUUGUAAUGUUUCAUGGUAAGCACUAUGAUAAAGAUAGUAGCAGCAUGCACCCUGGAGCACAGGAGGAAGAACCACAACCCUGUGGAAAUGAGGGAAGCCUUUACAAAGGGUGUGACUAAAAUGUUUUUGAUGUUUUGAAGCCAUGUACAAUGCUGUGCACCUUGUUGAUACUCAAUAAAGUAAUUCUUGACAAUUUGUUAGCCGUUUCAUGCAAUACCUAAAAGGGGAGAAUCCUAAUACUUGAAGUUUGGGGAGUAUGAUUUUUUUUUUCCCAUUUUCUUGAUGCACAGUAACUCACACAAUUUCUAGUCACAUCUGCCUUUUUUUUUUAAACAGAAAUGAGUCAUGCCUGAGAAAGGGGAGAAAUUUGGAUUAGUGAAACAGACCUUAGAACUACUUUGAAAAGGUAUUUGGGACAUCAAAUAUUUUUGAUAUGUCCUUCACUCACAACCACCACAGGCUUAUUGCUUCACUGAAUUCUAAUUACAUAGAAAAUUAUAGAAACAUUCUCAUGUGUGUUUUCAUUGGUAAACCCACAGUAUGAGAAAUAACGAGCAUUCUCUGAAGGGAGCUGACCUCUCUGUGGCCUGUAGGAGGGCACCAGGGAGUGGUGGUGGCAGUGUGGGCGGGAUCUUAUGUGUGUGAGUCUGUGAGUUUCAGCAUUUUGUCUAAGCUCAACACACAAUGUGGAGUUUUAUGUUACACUAUAAGCAAUGUAAUGUGGCCUGCUUGACUUUCAUAGAUGGGUUCUCAGAGUUCUCACUGUCUCUUCCUGCAGAUAUUUUCCCCCAGGUCAUGGAUUGAUUCCUAACAACCACAAUCCAAACUAAUUUUUGAGUGUAAAUUUCAACAAAGAAAGUGAUCAUGAUCACUCAUCAUCAUUUGUUGGGUUCUGUGUAGGGGUUCCACAAUGAGAUGUUUAGAGGAGGCAUGUGUGAUGUUGCUCAUGGAAGGAUACUUACCCAGCACCCACCCAAUGACUAAGAGUCCAGGCUUUAGGGUAUAAAUGACGUGGGCUCAAAUCCUAGCUUCCCGUUUACUAACUGCAUGGUUUGGGACAAGUUACUUGCCUCAGCUUCCCUCAUCUGUAACAUGGUGUUAAGUAUUAGUACCUACUUCAGAGGGUUGCUGUGAACAUUCAGUGAGUUAACUACACCUUGCUCAUGGUAAAUGCUCAGCAAAUGUUGAUUGAUGUCAUUGUGGCUAUUAUUGAUAAUAAUAUCCAUUCAUAUUGGGUGAUAUUGACUGGAAGUUGUCUUGUAAGUCAGGAUGUUUAUAGAUCAAAGCUGGAAAGACUAGGAUCAAAGUACAGUAGAAGAGCCAAAGUCUUGGCUGAAAAUGAAGAAAUCCAGGGCCUCAUCAGUGGUGUCAGCAAAUAUGAAAAAACAGGUGACAUUUGGAAUUAGAGUCUCUAAGGAGAGUCAGAAACGAGAAACUUCACAUAUACCCAGCGCUCUCCAGGGAAGGAGGGAGAUGUGACCAUUUCUGGUCUCUGGAGUAGAGAAGCAUUGCCCUCCGUGUCCCCACCUCACUGGGUCCAUGAUCUUACAACAAAUGCAGCAUCCCAAGGACACUAUUACUUAGGAGUGAAUGAACUAGAAGAGAAUAUGUGCAUUUCAGCUGCUGAAACAGAUGGGCGCCCUCACUCUAAAUAGUCAUUCUCCUUUAAUCUUCAUCCUCUUAGGAGUUAAGGAAUUGUGCAUUAGAUCCCAAGAGAUGAAUUGAUCCUGGAGUACUGAUAAGGUAGAAUUUGGGGGCUCCCACAGGUGACCCCUGGGCCCUAUGCUUGAAUGAUCAUCCACCACCUUCCCCUCUCACCAACCCACACUUACUAGGAACAGUCUUCAGGAAGCUCUGCCUUUUCCCCAGUGCCACUUUUAAGUAGUCUUACACCACCUGUAACACCUACUUCCAAAGCACAUGCUGACAGUAAAUGUGGAUUUUGCAGGCUUGAGCAUGAUGUAAAACUGCAUAGCAUCUCCGUAGAUUGCGUAAUAAUAUACCAUUUAAAAUGAGAUGAUUUUUAUAAAAAAAUCCAUGAUAACCAGAUUAACCAAAAUAUAAUUUUAACAUUUAAGAAAUUAUAAACACUGUGUAACUAGACUUCUUGACUUAAUGAACCACCCUAGGACAAACAUUAAAUAAAAAGGGUCACACAGCCCAGUGCUCAGAGCGCAUAUGGCCUUAGCUCCUGAAGCACUCUCUUGGCAAGUUUUGUUCUUUCCUCCUGGUCUCCUCACUGAGCAUCCUCUCAUCUUUCUACCUCUCACUCCAGUGUACUAGGUACCUUCUGAAUGUCUAAGGGUUGACUCCUCCAGGACAAGUUUGCUUUUUUUAUCUUCUGUGGACAGAUGCUCAGGCCACCCCAGCCAAGGGGUGCCUCAAAGGCACCCUAAACACAACUAAAUAUUUUCUGGCUAAGGGAUAGAAGCUUUGGAGCAUAACAAGGGAGCUUUGGCCUAUGCAACCACUCAAAGUUAAGUUACAUGAUUUUGAAAGUAUAGAAAAAUGCAAUUCAUGCUUAAUGGGAAGGGCUUUGAGAAUAAAUAUAAUAAUUUGGAUUAAUGGAUAAUGUCUAAAGGUGUCAAGAAUGAGCUCUCAUUAAGAUUCUCAUAAAUUUCUGUAAAUCCUUCCUAAACGCAAGUAUGUUUUGGACACUCUUUGCCCAUCUGGAAAAGUUUAUUGAGUUCCUUUUUGUCUGAUGAUGGCAAACUCAUGCAUAUAGAGCCCUAGGAUUUGAAGAGGUACUGUCACCAGGGAUCCAUCUGCUCUUUCUAGACCUUUUGUUCAUUACAAUAUUGGCAGGUACACCCAUAGUCCUCCAGACUGUGGCAGUGGGAGUUUAGGGCUGCUUUUCUCUUUCCUUAGGGAGCAUUCGAUUUCUUUUGCAUAGGAAAAGUGUACACUCCCUUAGAUGGACCAAUAUUCAGUAACAAAAUUUUUUUUUUAGUUUGCAGGUGCAAAGAGAAUCUCUACUUAGUACUUUAUUGAGCAAUACUUUCCUAAUUUGGAACAUCAUUCUCUAGAAUCUUCUUGAAGAGUCACUGUUACAGGAGAUGCUAUGUCUCAACAAGAACUUCCACAAUUUGUGAUAGCUUUGAUAGGAAAAAGGAGUUUAAGAUAAAAUUUUGCACAAAAAUACAGAAUAAAUGCAUAUAUGCAAGAGCUAUGGUAUAGAGUUUGAGUGUUUUGCCCAUCAGUUUUGUCGUAAGCCUUCACUUUGGAUUCUGUAGGCUUGGGCUCCCGUUUUAACAUUCUUUUUGACACCUUUGGGAAAGCCGCCAAACCUGUGUUGAGCUCUUUCCUUAUCUACAGAAUGUAGGUAAUAAAAAUACUGACUCACUGAGUUUUUGAAAUGAGAUACUCUGCUUUGUAAUCUAUAAAGUGCCAUGAAAAUAUAAAGAUGUAUUUUUCUAGGAGGCUCCAGAAUUAGUCCUAUUUCUUUCAAAAUUGGUCCACCAAAAACAACUGAAAAAAUAGUUAUUCAAAAGUCGUUAAGUGUCUUAGCUAAUAAUUGGAUCUGAUUAUAAAUGUUGAACAUGAUGUCUUGGGAAGGCUCUGAACUUAAGGGCUUGAGAAUUCUUAUGCUUAUCUGUCUUCUCUUCUUAAAACCCCAUAAAUCCUCUGUUUGGUGGACCCCUCCACACACCUCAGGCCCAUUUGCUUUCUUACUCUGGGUCCCUGGAAUAAUAGACAUUGAAAUGAAAGACACCGUGUGAGUCAUAUAACAGAAAGAACUGGACAAGAAGCAAGAACCAGAAAGUGAAAAGUCACAGGUGAGUCCCUACCCAGACUUCCCUGGCAGUCUGCAAACUGAAGGCCAGCCCAGGCAAGACCCUUACCCAUCCAUCUUGACAACACCUGCAGCAGCUCCCAGAAUUCUGUUUCUGGAGGUUGUGCCAAGUAUGUGUUUCCCCAAGGAACUUGCUGAAGAGACAUGUCCAGUGUCUCUUGUUUAUUGUGUGUGGGAAAUGGACAUUCCAGAAGUGAGGAAUCAGCAGGCUUGUGGAAAGGGGAGGAGGACUUCAGGGACUUGGGAGACCUGAGUUCCUGCCUCUUUCCUUGAUGUCCUCAUUGUUACAUUUGCAAAAUAUGAAGAGAGGGAUGAGCAAGAUGAUUAGGGUCUGAGCAACUUGCAAGUAAGAAAUUGCUUUUCAGCAGGUGCUUUGAUAUUAUUGGGCCACAGAGUUUAUAAAUGAGUUUUCUUAACUUAGCUCCAAUCUAAGGGUUACCAAAAACUGGAGAAAUCUCCUGAGAUAUUAUUGAAAAGGACAGUGUCGUCGUCGUCAUCGUCGUCGUCAUCAUCAUCAUGAUCAUCAUCAGUACUUCUCCUUCCCAGACUUGCAGAAUUAAUUAGUGGGCUUACCCUGAGGUGGUGGCCAGCCUGAAAGAAUUUAAGACACGUUGCUUAGGCUUCUUGCUCCCAAAUAACUCCCCCAGCAGCCUUUAGUAUUGCCAGAAAUCUCACCACUUGGCACUCUUUCUGUAAGCUGUGAAAAUACACAUAGUACGAGGACAGUAAAUAAACACAUUAUGUCUGGCCGGCGCCAUGGCUCAACAGGCUAAUCCUCCGCCUGCGGCAUUGGCACACCAGGUUCUAGUCCCAGUCGGGGCACCGAUCCUGUCCCGGUUGCCCCUCUUCCAGGCCAGCUCUCUGCUAUGGCCAGGGAGUGCAGUGGAGGAUGGCCCAAGUGCUUGGGCCCUGCACCCCAUGGGAGACCAGGAUAAGCACCUGGCUCCUGCCUUCAGAUCAGCGUGGUGCGCUGGCUGCAGUGUGCCGUCUGCAGUGGCCAUUGGAGGGUGAACCAACGGCAAAGGAAGACCUUUCUCUCUGUCUCUCUCUCUCACUGUCCACUCUGCCUGUCAAAAAUUAAAAAAAAAAAAAACACAUUAUGUCUAUAUUAGCAACUCCCCCCUAGCCAGGAGCAACUCCUACACACAAUUGCUUAGGUAGGUAAGAGAUGUGGUGAGAACACUACACACAACGAACAGGAGACACUGGACAUGUCUAAUUAGCGAAUAUCUUGGGGAAACACAUUCUUGGCACAGUUGGGAAGUACUUGCUUUAGACCAGCAUUCUGUGGAUCCCAAGGAUUUUGAGAACUGUAUUUUGAGAACUCACGCAAUGUGAAAGGCCCUCUAGGAUAGAUCUAUCUAUCUACCUAUUUAUCAUCUAUCAUCUGACCAUCUUAGGCACUAUAAGAAAUAAGGCAAACAAAUUGCUUCCUAAAUGUCUAAUAUAAGAUCAACCCAUAGCAUACAGUCCUAAAAGAAAUAAUCUGCUGUCAGACCUACUGCACCCAUAACCAGUGAUGUGCUGGUAAACAUUGAACAACCAGGUUUCACGGCAGAGGAUGGGGUGGUGUAUGCAUACUGAUUUGUAAUUUUUGCCAAUUUCUGUGGUGUAAAUACUUUCACCAUGGAUGUGUUGAAGUUACAAAUGUGACCUGACAGAAGGCAGAGUUGGGAAGAGAAGCCUAUAAUCUGUACUCCUGAGCUGAAAUGAGUCAUUGCAAGGCAGAUCCCCAACACCAUUACUUACAAAUCCAAUUGAGAGCAUUAAGAUAGAUAUAAUAUAUGCAUAAUUUGUAUAUUAUAUAUGAAGUAUAAUAGUUCCAACAGGAAAGAAAUUGAUAAGCCAUGGUAUGGCAGAGAAAGGAAAGUCACUGAAACCCGCAUUGCCCUUGCCCAUAAGAAUAUUAUUCAGGAGUUGGGAGGACUGGUAAUUUUAAUAUUUCCAAAUCCAAAGGUUACAUAACUGGUUCUGUAAAAUGCAUGCAUCAAGUUAUUUUAGCACAAAGCCUUUAAACCUUAAUUAAUUUAAUACCUCUAUUUCAGUCCAUUCCAACCACACAAGUUCUGAACAUGACUUGGCUUACUUCAUUGCUUUGCCUCUGUAGAGUGAGUACUCUGAACACGCAGAUUUCAAAUCCUGACAAUGCUUUUUCACAGUAAAUUUGAAUGAACUGUAUUUUGAUUUUGUUUUGGCUUCCUAUGUAGCUUAAACACAUAAUGUACUUAAGAUGCUAAUGGAAGUGUUCUCAUCCAUACAUCAGCUCUAUUUGUCAAUGGAUAUUAAUAAAAGGUCAUUGUUGUGCUGUCCUCCAUCUCUCAUGUGUCCUAGUGUGAAUCAUUUUCCUAG